AUGUCUAUCUUUACGUCUCUUCUUAGCUUCUUCUUGCUUUUCGUCCAUCCGGACGCCCUCAAAGCCCUACUCGGCUUUCUUCUCGGAAACGUUGUCUGGACUACGGCGGAAACAUUGCCCGGCCAGUGGGGCCACUUUGUCAAGUUCUUGGCCUGCGCCUUCGCCCUAGGCGUAUACCACUGGCUGGCCGAGCCCUACAAGUCCUGGCACGAAACGUUUCGAGAGGAUCAAAACCAACGCCAACUCAUCCGCGCAAGUCAAGUCCAAGUUGAUCCUGAGGCUCGGCCUCUCAACUUUCCGCGGAUGCCCGACAUGUUCGACAUAACCUACAAUCCUUGGACGCUCCCGUAG